AUGGAUACAUAUGUUGAGAAAAAGAUAUCAAUGGAGGAAAAGAAGAUGUCAAUAGCGGCUAUUCACUCUCACAAGGAAGAAGAGAAUGAGAGACAGAACACUUUAGGUUUAAGGACAUUAAACUAUGUUUCGGACAUCUCUAGGACAAAGUCUAAUUCAGUUUCAAUAUUGACACAUGGAUUAAUCUUGUCCCUUGAUCAAGUUUAUGAUGGAUUAAAUAAGGACCGUCCAGAUGAGGAAAUGUACAGCUGCACAACUUUGGAUUCCACACUAAAUCUCCACACAUGUGAACCGUUUUCACUCACUAUGGGUGAUACAACAGAAGUAACUCUCACUCAAACUGCUUCCAGUAAUGGAGCUAACUUCGAUCGAAAUCACCCUUAUUUCUUGCAUUCAUCAGAUGCUCCAGGAAUGAACUUGGUGAAUGCAGCCUUUGAUGGAAAAGGUUUUCAAGGUUGGAAAAGGUCUGUUCUGAUUUCCCUUUCAGCAAAGAACAAACUGGGUUUUAUUGAUGGAACCUGUGCUGCUCCUGCCAUCACAGCCAAGGAAUACCAGCCAUGGACCAGGUGCAACGAUAUGGUCACUUCUUGGUUGUUGAAUUCACUCUCCAAAGACAUUGGAGACAGUGUUAUCUGCUCCAAAUCUGCAAGAGAACUUUGGAUCAGUCUAGAGCACAGAUUUGGAAAAUCAAAUGGAGCAAAAUUGUAUCACUUGCAUAAGGAACUAUCUUCUCUAGUUCAAGGAACAAAUGACAUAGCAAGUUAUUUCACAAAACUCAAACGUUUAUGGGAUGAGCUGGAUUCUCUACUUUGUGAUGUGAAAUGUCUUUGUGUUUGUGUAUGUUCAGGGAAACAAAAGCUUGAAAAAUCUUUGGAAGAUGAGAGACUUAUACAGUUUCUCAUGGGUUUGAAUGAUGUUUAUAGUCAAGCUAGCGGAAACAUUUUAAUGUUGAAUCCUUUACCUAGUAUAGAUCAUGCUUACUCUCUAGUACUACAGGAUGAGAGUCAGAGAGAAGUCUACACGAAUCCUCUCAUUUCUUCUGACUCUUCAUCCUUCAUGGUGGGAAAUCAGGCAAGCUAUGCACUAAGAAAUAACAAGCAAAUGCAAAGGUACACAGGGCAGAAUCAGCAGUCUCAAAAGGCAGGAAACCCCAUGCAAUUCCAGAAACCAGGAAGCAAUAUGCAGAAAUUUGCAAACCAGUCACAAAGAAACACAACCUCAAAACCAAAGAGACAAAGGUUCAACCCUAAUGUAUCUUGCACUCAUUGCAAAAAGAUAGGACACACAGUUGCAGAUUGUUACAGGAUUAUUAGAUUUCCUGAGGACUUUGAAUUCACAAAUGCCAAAGGAAAUCAAAAUCAGAUUAGGGGCAAUAGGGUGCUUACAGGAGAUCAAUCAGAUUAUGCAACAGGCAGUUAUAAUGAAGUCCUGAAUCAUCACCUCUCUAAGGAUCAGUUCUCACAACUGAUUCAGAUGAUCAAACAAGUAAAAGUUUCAGAUGGAGGCAACAGUUCAGAGAUAAAUGCAAGUGCAGUAGCUGGUACUAUUCACAAAUAUGCUGGAAGUUGUUUUUCUGUUUUCAAUACUAAUGUUUGGAUAAUUGAUUCAGGGGCUUCAGAACAUAUGUGUUUUGAUUCAAAUGUUUUUAUCUCUUUAGAUCCUCUUCCUACACCUUUACACAUAAAUCUGCCUAAUUCAUUUAAAGUCACAGUUACACAUACAGGGGAAGCCCCUUUAAUGAAGAGGCCUCAAGUUUUUGGUGAUACACAUGAAGGACUCUACCUGUUGAAGCCUAGUCUUAAGGAGAAAACUGUUUCACCUUCUUUUCCCAAUGUUUUCAAUCAAAUUUCAGUUAUCUUUCCAUUUUCUGCUAAUGUGGUUACAGAUGUAAACCUUUGGCAUGUUAGAUUAGGGCAUAUGCCUUUUUCAUCAAUGAAGAAUCUUAGUUUUGUUUCAUUGCCUUCCCAUUCUGAUUGCUUAUGUGAUAUUUGUCCUAAAGCUAGCAUGGGGGCUUGGACAUUCUUGUUAACCACUAUGAGUAAUGCUUUCACAGUCUUAAAGAAUUUUUUAACAAUGGUUGAGAGACAAUUUGUUGUCAAGGUACAGAAAUUGCGAACAGAUAAUGCAUUUGAAUUAGGCAAAGGCUCACAACAAGCAGCCUUUCUCAGUUCUAAAGGGAUAAUACACCAGACUACUUGUGUCUCAACACCUCAACAGAAUGGCAUCGUUGAGAGAAAACAUAGACACUUGUUGGAAAUAGCAAGGGCUUUACUUUUUCAAUCACAGAUUUUCCCUACCCCUUCUCCUGUAGACACAACCACCAAUGAUCUUUCCCCACCCUCUUCCUUCCCCUUUCCUCACUCUUCUGAACCUCCUCUACCUUUAUCACCUAGUCCCACCAGCCUUCACUCACCUCAACCCUCUUCCUUCCCAUCCCCUCACUCUUAUGAUUCUUCUUCUCCCACAAAUACUGUUUUGCCUAGAACACCCACUCCUACACCAGUUAUCAGGAAAUCUACUAGAGUUACUAAAUGGCCCUCUCACCUACAAGAUUUUGUUUGCUCUAAUGUCUAUUUCACUGAUCUCACAUCCUCCUGUUUCAUUCAACCUUGUAAGCCUAAUAUUUUUAGCUUUGGUGCACUCUCUGCUCAUAACAAACAGAUAAUACACUCUCUUUCAGAGAUUUCAGAACCAAGCAGCUUUUCUCAAGCUUCUACCCAUCCAGGAUGGAUGCAAGCAAUGCAAUCAGAAGUUGAAGCCUUGGAAGCUAAUCACACAUGGGAUGUAGUUCUUUUACCACAAGGGAAGAAAGCCUUACCCUGUAAAUGGGUCUACAAGGUCAAGCAUAACUCAGAUGGGAUUGUUGAAAGACUCAAAGCACGCUUGGUAGUGAGGGGGGAUAUUCAAAGGGAAGGAAUUGACUACACGGAGACCUUUUCUCCUGUAGCCAAGAUGACUACAAUACGAUGCUUAAUGGUCAUUGCUGUAAAGAAGAAUUGGCCUAUUUCUCAAUUGGAUGUAAGCAAUGCCUUUUUACAUGGUGAUUUACAAGACGAGGUCUUUAUGAAAUUUCCAGCAGGUAUACCCUCCCCCAGUCCCAAUCAUGUUUGUUUACUUCGGAAGUCACUUUAUGGUUUGAAGCAAGCUUCCCGGCAAUGGUAUGCUCGGCUUGCUGGUGCACUAAGUUUUAACGGAUAA